AAACCUUCAUUUAGGUAGGAAGGCACCAACCGUGCAACACAAGCGUGUUUCACCACAAUGUUUGGAGUACAGACUGCUUUGAUUCUUUUUACUACAAUAGCUCUGAUUCAAAGCGCAGAGGCUGCCAGCCAGAUCCUUUUUAAAGAAGUUGAAGUUGGUGGAAAUGUUACUUUGCAGUGUUCGGUUACAGAGAAGGAGGGCAAAUUUGUUCAUUGGUUUAAGCAAUCUCCUGGAUAUAUCAUCCAGACAGUUGCUACGGGAUCUUACACAAAACAAACACUGAGCGAAGAAUUUAACAACGGUCGUUUCACAGUAUCAGAGGGGCAGGCUCUGUAUUUUCUUACAAUAAGAAACGUCCUUAAAGAAGAUGAAGCAACAUAUUUCUGUCAGUGUGGAUCAGCUUAUUCACAGACCUUUAAUACAAGCGUCUACUUAGCUGUAAAUGGUCACAGUGAGCAGAAAUCAGUCAAUGUGAAACAAACUCCAGAGGCAGUGUCAGUCGACCCAGGCAGCUCCGUGACUGUCCAGUGUUCACUUUUCUCCAGUAACAAAGAGAAUAGAGGCCGGUGCCCAGAUGAACACAGAGUGUACUGGUUCAGAGCGGGAUCAGGACAAUCCGAUGCUACCAUUAUUUACACUCACAGAAACUACAGUCAAAAACAAGAGGGAAGGCGUUGUGUCCACAGUCUGUCCAAAACUAUUCAGAGCUCCUCUGAUGCUGGGACCUACUACUGUGCAGUGGUCACAUGUGGAGAGAUCGUCUUUGGUGAAGGAACUCAAGUGGAGAUAACAAAACUUGACCCAGUUCUCCUUGCACUAGGCGUGUUGUUGGCCUGUAGUGUGACUGUGAAUAUCAUCGUUAUUUUCUGCAAAAGUCAGAGAGUGUUUAAAAAUGGCAAAGCAGGGACAAAGAAUCCUUCUCAUAUUUCAGAAAAUAACUUGUCAACUUUGGACCAUUUAAAUGACAUGGAUGGUGAUUCAGACGCAGUAAACUAUGUAGCACUGAAUUUCUCCUCAAGAAAUCGAGUGAAGAAGAACAAGAUGAAAGAGUCACCACAGGAGUGCGUGUACUCUGCUGUGAGACCAUAUAAUCAUGCAUUGUCUCAAACAUCUUAGUAGGCAGAGCAGGACUUGCAAAUAAAAGACAGCCUAGUAUUUCUUUAUGGCGGUAAUUUUUAAUCAAAUAUUUAGUUAUUAUAUUAUAUUAUAUUUGAAGUUAAUCCUAUGACAAAUUUCAGCAUGUGAGUUGUUGAAAACAUUUCAAUCUGGGUUAGACAAAUGUUAAUGCUGUGUUAGCUUAUAAUAAAGUGGCUUUUGUACAAUUAAUUGUAGAACCUAAAAUGCAUUCCUAUAAAUGACUAAAUACAACUUGACCUUACACUACAGCAGUAGUAAUAACAUCGUUUCACUCAGCAACUCAGUACUAUAUCAGUAUUGCAUUUUUUUGUGUAACUGUGGACGAUCAAUGAAGUGAUUGAGGUCUGUCAUGUAGCAAGCAUCAAUGUGCAUAUCAGCGACUGAUAGCUGCUGCUGCUUCCUCAUAUUUUGGGUGAGAUGUUUUUGUGUUUUAUGAUGUUACAUGGUUAUAGUCCUUUUAGUGCCAUCUACAGGCUGUAAUGCUCCUGACCCGUAAUGUACUAUAUUGGAGUUAAUAAAAAUUCACACCCCACACUUCUGGCCAAAUAUAACACUAGUACAACCUUAUCAAAAACAAUUUGGAAAACGUGACAUUAACUUUUAACCUUUAUUUUACCUACACACAUACUAUUGAAGCUUCCUA